CUCUAGGGUGGAAUACACACUGCGUUAAAAAUAUCGUUAACCGGGGUGGCGUUAUCCUUACAAUUAUUAUUUUUUUCUCUCGUUAGGACUGUGUAACGGGGUUCAUUGGAGUUUGUUUAUAUUAGAAGUUUUUCUUUUGCGGUGGCACUGUUGUACUAGGGGCCUGCUUGUUCAUAAUUUCGUGUGUUCGCUCUUCGUGGUUAGUGUAUCCGUUUACGAUGUCAGGUCGCGAUCGAUUUCGCAUUGUCCAGGAACUGGGAGUUGGCACCAAGCGGGGAUCUGACGACCUCUUUCUUUCCAACGGACCCUUUAAGAUGAACAGCCAGUCUUCAGUCAAUGGGAAUGACAGCAAGAAAUUUAAGGGAGAUAUUAGAAGUGCUGGAGCGCCGUCAAGAGUGGUUCAUAUUCGUAAACUUCCAAUGGAUGUCACUGAAGCAGAGGUCAUUUCUUUGGGGUUGGCUUUUGGAAAAGUCACAAAUCUCCUCAUGCUCAAAGGAAAAAAUCAGGCUUUUGUUGAAAUGAACACAGAGGAAGCAGCUAACACAAUGGUGAGUUACUACAGCACUGUUACUCCACUGUUGAGAAACCAGCCCAUAUUUAUCCAGUUCUCUAAUCAUAAGGAGCUGAAGACUGACAACUCCCCGAAUCAAGCGCGUGCUCAGGCUGCCCUUCAAGCAGUAAAUUCUGUCCAGUCCUCAUCAGGACUGGAUUCGGGUAUGGGUCUUGCUAGUCAGAGUCCAGUUUUGAGGAUCAUUGUAGAAAAUCUCUUCUAUCCAGUAACUCUGGAUGUUCUGCAUCAGAUAUUUUCCAAGUUUGGUACAGUAUUGAAAAUCAUAACAUUCACCAAAAACAACCAGUUCCAGGCUCUUCUCCAGUAUUCCGAUCCAAUGAGCGCUCAGCAUGCUAAACUUGCUCUUGAUGGACAAAAUAUCUAUAAUGCCUGUUGCACUCUGCGGAUUGAUUUUUCCAAGCUCACAAGUUUAAAUGUGAAGUACAAUAAUGAAAAAAGUAGGGACUACACUAGGCCAGAUCUUCCUUCUGGAGACGGCCAGCCCUCCAUUGAUCAGACUAUUGCGGCUGCGUUUGGUAAGGAAGCCUCACUCCUAGGGGCUCCAGGAAUAAUCUCAGGCAGUCCCUAUGCUGGAGCAGCUGGCUUUCCUCCUGCCUUCGCCAUUUCUCAAGGUUUGUCUGUCCAAGGAGUUCCUGGUCCCCUUGGUCAUAUUGCUUUUCCAGCUGCAGCAGCUGCUGGAAGGAUGAGCUUACCCGGUUUUGGUGCAGGAAACUGUGUUUUACUAGUCAGCAAUCUGCAUCCAGAGAGAGUCACACCCCAAAGCCUCUUUAUUCUUUUCGGAGUAUAUGGUGAUGUACAGCGGGUGAAAAUCCUUUUCAAUAAGAAGGAGAAUGCUUUAAUCCAAAUGACUGAUGGAAACCAGGCUCAGCUUGCCAUGAGUCACCUGAAUAGCCAGAGGUUGUAUGGCAAGCCGUUACGGAUCGCUGUUUCUAAACAUCAAGCUGUGCAGCUCCCUCGUGAAGGGCAAGAAGAUCAGGGAUUGACAAAGGACUACAGCAACUCGCCACUUCACCGUUUCAAGAAGCCAGGGUCCAAGAAUUUUCAGAAUAUAUUUCCUCCUUCCUCCACCCUUCACCUUUCCAAUAUCCCGUCUUCUGUAUCUGAAGAUGACAUUAGAAUGCUGUUUUCAGAAACUGGUGGAGUAGUUAAAGCUUUCAAGUUUUUCCAAAAGGACCGCAAGAUGGCUCUUAUCCAGAUGGGAUCUGUAGAGGAAGCUAUUCAAGCUCUCAUAGAACUUCACAAUCAUGACCUUGGAGAAAAUCAUCAUCUUCGUGUCUCCUUUUCAAAGUCUACCAUUUAAACAAACUAACCUCGUGGAAGCCCUCUGAGGCAACUUCAUCAUUCCAGUGAUAUUAUUUUAAAGCCACUUUAGUUUCAGAGAAGCACCAGUUGAAGUGACCUUAAAGACCAGAGUUUUAUUUUUUUAAAUUUUCACUGUUAAGCUUUUCUUUUUAUCGAAAGUUGUGCCCAUUCACUUUCAAAAAUUUUAACUCAUGCAUGAGAUGCUCUGGGACUAAACUUACAACUGUGAUCUUCAGACAUCAGGUUGCACAGAAAUGCCUUUUGCCUUUCCCCUCGUAGGUAGUGAACCUAUCAAAUCCAAAAUGGCGCAGGUUUUUGGUUUACAGUAUGUAUUGUGCUUUUCUAUGUAGCGCACACACCUUCAGUGCAUCAGUGGAAUGUUUUCCUUUGUUUUUUCAGGUGUUUGUAACAAUCCAAAAAGGAUAGGUAUGAAGGGUGCCUGUAUAGCUUAUGGUCUGAUCACCAUAAUAAUGAAGUCUUUCAUGUACAGUUGACUUUUUUCAUGGAGACUAUCCUUUUAAAUUACUGAAGAUGUUCCAUUGUGUGGUACAGUGAAAACUAUGGUACAGGAGCACUGUCUGAAACUACUUUUUACAUGGUCCAAAUUGGCAAUCUGCACUCUGAGGUGAAUUUCGAGAUUGGUAAGCUGCCUUGAAUUUUACAUCUGGUCUUGUUGAAAGAGUUGGCUACUCAUAGAUGAGGUGUUUAGGGUUGAGGCGAUAUGGGCAUUGGUUUCACUAAGCCAGUAUUGGCACAAGGUGUGUCUAGGUUUUUGUAGAAGUGUUUGAAACAAUUUGGUUAGCAUUUAAAUUUUUGGAAUACUCACUUCAGCAGUGCUUAUUUUUUUGACCUUUUUGGAUUUUGUAAAAGUGAGUGUUUGAAUAGCUUUUUCUGGUUGUGGUUAGUCUUAAGCAUGAUUUAUUAUCCAUGUUAUGUAAUUGUGUAUAUAUUACACUGACGCAAUGCUGUCUUCUGCACCUAGUAUGUUUUCACUUGACCAAAUAUUUUUUAAUAUAAUCACUUUUUUCAGUUAUAUACAGUUCUUUUUAAAGUAACCUAAAUAUUUCCAAGGGUUCAAGUCUUUUCAGUCUUUAUAAUCAUUAAGUGUAUUGUAUCAUUGUUCUUUUUCUCUUAAGGUUUUUGUUGAGAAUUAAGUAAAUCAGUUUGAGAUGCAAACAAAUUUCCAAGCCCCCCCCCCCAGCAGCGCUUUAGAGGAAGGAGUUUGUGUGGUGUGAAUAAGUGGGUCUUUUUUGAAAUGGAGAGCAUGCUCAUGUUUCUCUGUAGUGAUAUAUAAAUCUUGGUACUUCUGUAAACUCGUUACAUUGACAGCAGCUGCAAUCCGCCCUCCUUGGAAACUGCCAAAGAAUGUGUAUUUGGUAAGAGGAGUUAAAACUGAGUAAACUGGCUGGGAAUGGAUGAACUGCAGUGCUAAGAACAUGAGCUCUUCAGCUUCAGAAGAGGUUUUCAAAAACUACUCUGAAAACUUGGGACCAAAGUUGCUUUCCCCCUUCUAGUCUUAAUGUUUUUUGUUCUCCCGUCAUAUUUGGUUUAUUGUACUUUAUUGGUAAAGUAUGGACUUGUGUUUAACUUGAGCUUUAUUUGCUGAGCCUUGUGCUGUUUUUAACCAUUAGCAUUAACCUGCAGGAGUAAGACCAAUCAUACUUGCAGGAGUUCAAUCUUCCCACAGAAUUCAGAUGUACAAACUGAAGAUAAAAUAUUUGCAUAAAGGAUGUUCUUAGUGUGGUUUCGGAAAUCUCAGUAAAACAGUCGCUUUCACAUCCACUCAAGCAUGAGACUGGACCAGAGAGGCUGUAAAAGUGCUUAACAUUCCCUUUUAAGUUUCAUGAGCUGGGGAGUACCACCCCACCGCAUACAAAUUUUUCCAUCGAAAAGCUUGUUCAGUCCAUCUGUCUUGACUAGGUUUUCAGGAUGCUUCAUUUGGCAAGUUUCUAUUACCUCCAGUAUUCAAAGGUUAUACUUUUAAAAUGAAAAGGGCUUGUUUUUUUUGCACUGCUUUGGUUUGCAGUUUUCCUGUAAUUCAUUUUAGGCUGGGAGCUAUCGUGAACUACACACUUGCAAGUGCUUCGAAGUAGCCAGAUAAUGAAGAUCCAAAAAAUGCUGUGAUUUCUUCCUUCAAUCCCAGUGUUUUGAGUGUAAAAAUGUUUGUGGGGAGGAAGUUGUAAAUAUUCAUAACAUUUUAUACCUGUUCAAAAAUGAAUGGUGAGCAAAUAAGUUUUAUAUGGAAAUACAGAUGUAUAUUUUGAUUAGACAGGUUCCAGUAUUGUAUGGGGGUUCACAGAAAUUUUUGAAGUUUUCUUUAGACUGUUAAGAAUGUUUCUUAUGCAGAAGUUGAAAUUAAAAACUUAUUUUCUAACAAAACCUUGUAUUCUUCUGUAUGUAUUUUAUUUAGGCUGUCUGGAGACCCAUUUCUCAUUCUGUACUUGUGCUUUCAAUAAAUUUCUCUCCUUUGUUUUGA